AAAUGCUAAGGUAAAAAGAAAAGUGAUGCAGUCAUAAUAGUUACAGCAAAUCAGUCAACAAGAACAAUGAAUCUGUUUUCAACUGACAGUGAGACCAAGGCAUAAGUGUGGCCCAUCCGGAAAAGCUUUUACCGAAUAAAUUUGUUCAGAAAACGUUUGUGGAAAUCAUUGCGCACUGUAUCAUUGAUGAAUCGCUUCUUGAUGGCAGGUUCUCCUUUCGCUUGAUUACGAAACACGACAUCAUCGUUCCAGCGGCGUUUCAUACGCCCAUUUCCAUCUCCAGUUAAGAGGGGAUUUCCCAAUAAGGCAGUUUCUUCUUGUUUGGACUCUUCUUCAGCUGCCAGUUCGGCGUCUGCUUUCCGCUUGGUUUCUUCCCGUUCUUCACGAAUUUUUGCCAACUCAGCUUGGAGAGCUGCUUCGUCAUCUUCGUCAUCUUCAUCGGUGUCCGAGCUCGAAUCAUCAGCGUCCAAAUCCGAUUCGCUGCUUCCUUCCCCGUCGUCUAUAUCCGAGUCGUCGUAGCCUUUUAAUUUUGUUUCGUCCACUUCCGCGGUUUGUUUCAGGAGCCGCUGAUGCGCUCGUUCCUCUUGCACCGGAUCAAUCGCGCGUUUCAAAACCGGUGCCUCUGUCUCAGCUUCUUCUAAAGCCAACAACGAAGCCUUAAGGGCAGCUUUCCUGUCCACCACUUGCGGACCUUUGCGCAACUUGAGUUUGGUGUGGGCCGGAGCGUCAAGGGCCGAUACCUGCGUGGAAACGGCGCCUCCUGCUGUCCAACCGCCUUCGUUGGCUUUUCCAACAGCGGCUUUCCAAGUGGGACGAUGUGCGGUAGUCAUGACAACAACUUUGGUAAAAUCAGCCUUGCUUCUUGGUUCGUAGUAUAGAACUCGCUGUUUCACAUCAGAGAACUCUCGCUGCAAGCAGUCUGGAAUCGGAUUCCCUGUGUUCCUCCAUCGCUUUUGUGACGAUAGAAUCGGUGUGCCGGACUGACGCUUCCGGGUGUCAACGGUAAAAUAAUCUGUUUUGGUUGGGUUCAUGAACGAACGUAUAUUGCUAUGUGGGUAGACUCACAGUCAAAACUCGCAAUUGCUGUGAGAUGACUGCGAAAGGGUUUUGAAAGUGAAAAAUCGAAAAACCGCUCGUCCCAGGAGGCCAAAGCAAGCGCGACCAAUGUUGGCAACACGUGGGGAACAUGGCAAGAUCGACAGCAACCGCAACAAUUGAGGUGUCGCUUCGGCAACGACUGGUUGCCAAAGCAGAAUGUUCAAGUCUACGCCGACUUGUUCGGCAUUGUUUUCAAGUAAGGCUUGCUGUUUUGCUCUCCAUGGCCGUGUCGUGUCGAGUGAUUCCCAACCAUCACGCAGGCGAGGACGCUACACGAUUUGACUUGAGAGCACAAGACCCUGCUUGCUUUUCGACGAAAGGAUCCUACUGUGAUUGUGGUCCGUCCUGUUCGUGGAGAGAAGGCGAUGGUCUCAGUUGCCAAGAGCCAGAAAGUAUCGAACACAAUUUGUUUCAGUCUGUUGUAUAUCCGUUCCUUCUGACUCCGCUGACGCGAUGGGACGCCGCAAGGUUUCUGCGGUUGGCCCAUCGACCCCAGCUUUGGCUACCCCAAACAAAUGGACAACUUUCAGACACGGAUCUUUUUCAAGAGUCGGAAAGGGCUCACGUCUUCAUGCCAUUGUUUCCAUCGGCAGUACAGAGAACGGCCUCGGUCCUGAUGCUUCUGCCCAAAUGGAGUCUCCCGUCUACGUGCGAACAAGUCAUGGUUCUCGCGGCUUGGUUUUUAAAUACAUUAUGUUGCCUACUCUCAGCUGUGUCGCUUUAUUUUCUGACGGAAAAUAUUUUGCGGAGACAGGGUGUCGCGGAUCUUGAGAGAGGAAGACUAAGUCGGCUGGCAAUGCUUGUCUUUAUCUAUAACCCGGCAACUGUCUUUUUUGGUACGGCCUAUUCAGAGGCAAUGUUCAGUACCUUUGUAUUUGCAGGAUGUUGCCUACACACUCAAGGUCAUGACUGGAUCGCGAGCGUCUUCUGGGCUGCAGGAAGCGGUACACGGUCCAAUGGCAUUCUGUACGUCGGCUACAUACUUUUGUUCGGUCUCGGUCGUUUCCUAAGACCCCAAUCUUUGCUGGAGAGGUUGCAGGUUACAGGAAAAAUCCUUUUGCAAGCUUUCCUUCCAUGUGCAGUUCUGAUACGUCACAACCGUGUUGGGAUUGCUCACCAUUGCGACUCGGAAGCGCUGGAUCAACCUGCAUGGUGUGCCUUUGUCGACCGUGCAUCGCUAUUUCCUCGAUUCAAUCUAUAUUCGUAUACUCAGCGCCAGUACUGGAAUGUUGGAAUUUUCAAAUACUAUGAGGUAAAGCAAGUACCGAACUUCCUGCUUGCGGCGCCCAUUCUUUUGCUGUCUUCGGCUGCUGUUAUGACCUGGAUUCGUUGUCAAUGGACUCAGUUGCCGGAAGCAACUGUGACUAGAAAUACCCUGAUACAUGUUGCAAAAUGGGCAAGUAUCCGAUUGCAACAGUUUAGCGGUCAUUUGAAUGGACAAGGCUACCCAAAAAAGCAUGACAAUCGGGAAAAGACCUUGGUGGGGGAAAUGGCUCUAGAAGCUGGGCCUCUCCUGCUAGGUCACUACGCCGUAUUGGCUGCUACGAUCAUACUUGGAUUGACGGUUGCGCAUGUUCAAAUAUCAACCCGUAUGAUUUGCAGUACCUGCCCGGCGCUUUACUGGUUCCUGGCUACCAAAGUAGGCUUCGAGGAAAAGAGAAUUAGUCCGAAAGUGUUCGUACUGGGCGACGCCAUUUGUUGGUAUUGCCUAUCAUACACGGUGUUGGGCAUUAUAAUGCAUUCUACUUGGCUACCGUGGACUUAA